GAACAAGCUGUCACAACAACAUACAAGGGGAAAGGACCAAACUGAUGCUAGCUUUCUUUUCCUGACCCCUCUUCCUCAGUUUCAGUUUCCAUUUCCAGCAAAAGAGCUCACAUGGGGCAAGGCACAAGCACACUCAAGCUAUAUAAGCAUCAACAAAGUGUAGAAAAAGCCCCAUCUGACCAAGUCUGUCCAAGAGCUGCAAGGAGUGGACCAAAGAGAGAGCGAGAAUGGGACCCUUGAAGGAGAAGCUCCAGAACCUGUCGUGCCAUUUCACCUGGUGCUUUGAGGUCAGAGACAAGGUGGGCGUUGAGCACAUCCUUCAGACGCUACUUCUCCACCUGGAACACACCUCCUUCCCCAACCAGGGCACUUACCUGGCCAUGAAGGCCUACCUGCACCACCUCCUAGGAGACACCCGUGAGGCAUUGAAGAGCCUUCGCAAAGCGGAGAAGGUUCUCCUGAAGGAUCAUCCCACCAACUUCUCCCGCCAGGUCCUGGUGACCUAUGGGAACUUCGCCUGGAUUUAUUACCACUUGGCCAACUACGAGAAAGUGGAGCGCUACCUGGAGAAGAUCCAUAAGAUUUGCCAAGCUCUCUCCAGCCCCGAGCCCUACUCUGUUGCAAUCCCUGAAAUCCAGGCCCAGAAAGGGUGGUCCCUGCUGACGUGGGGCUUCCGGAAUGGACCAGAGGCCAAAAAGUGUUUCCAGUUGGCCCUGAGAGGAGAUGAGUUCAAUGGGGAAUUCCAGGCAGGUCUGGCAUACUCUGCCUUUGCCUCCUGGUGUCACACUUGGAACCCAAAACUUAACAAAGAAGCUCAAAGAUUGUUGGAAGAAGUCCUUGUUCACCAGCCUCAAAAUGCUGAAGCCAAGGUGUAUUUGGCCAAAGUAAUACAGAGAAAUAAUAGACAGAGAGCGGAGAGCUUGGUGGAGGACGUGGUCCAGAACAGCCUCAACCCAGAGGUCCUGAGGAACGCUGCCAAAAUGUGUGUGUCUUUGCCUCUCUCCCUAUCCCAGGCAAUUUCAGUUCUGAAGAAGGCCAUAGCCCUGAAUCCCAGCUACCACCUGCUUUACUACGACCUUGGUGUCUGCUACAGUAAGGAGAUGAAGAAGGCAUCACCAGGAAAGAGAGAAGAGCUUGUCGCAGCAGCUAUUGAGAGCUUCAAACAGUCUUUGGAAAAGGAUCCUGCAUCCGUGUUCUCCCAGCUGGAGUUGGCCAAAUUGUACGGGGAGAAGUCCCUGGCUUGUGAGGAAGAGAUUUACCAGAACCUGAUGGAGGAUCUGCCCAAGCUCAGCCAACGAUGCCGGCAGGCCAUCUACUUGCACUGGGGGGACUUCCUGCUCCACAAGAAAGGAAAGAAGGAGGAGGCCCUGGAGAUGUACACAAAGGGCCUCCAGAUUUCAGGUGGGCAUUGCAACGAACGGUCCCUGCUGGAGAGCCGCCUCCGGAGUCUGACAAAGCUGCUCUAGGAGGAAUCUCAAGGGGGUCAAGCCAAGGCAAUGCCUGAGAAGGUUGGGUCUCUGCCUGGAGGAAGAUCUUAGGCAAGCAUUAGAAGAAAGAUGAGACCUCAAGAAGGAGGCAAAAAUUUAGUUCAUUUCCUGCCACUUCCGGAGGAACUGGAGAGGUCUUCAUCUGGAGCAGAGAUUUAAAUUCUACCUGUGAUACUCUAGGAUGCAUUAUUCCUUGGUUUUUUCUCCUUUUUGUCAACCACUGAAAGGACUUCCUGAGAAUGUGGUGGCCUUUUAAAGGUACCACCACCAUGGAUCCUUACCCUGGUAGCAAAGUUGGACUAGAUGGGUUUUCAUGUUCCUUCCUAAUCUUUGACCUUCCCGAUGCCACACAUGCCCCGUUGUGGCUGAUGUUGACUCGCAAGUCCUGUCAGAGUAAUGGUUAUUGUAGUGUGUGAAAUGUUUACUCAUUGUUAAAGUUAAUGUAUGUUUGCUUCUGUUAGAAAACCAGCACUGGAGGAGUUAAUUGCAUAGAGCAUUGAUUUAUUGCUUGAAGGGCAAAGGAAUGAGACUUCUGUUUUGCAUAUGUAGAAGGAAGAAAUGUCAUGGACAAUGGAAUGUGGGAGGAGUGUUCUUCACUGAUGAGGACUUCUUGCUAGUCGCCAUUGAUCUCUCUGCCAGAGCAACAUGUGUGCCAGCAGCUCUGGUUGUUUUCAUUGUAAAUAGCUGUGUAAAUAAAGAUAUUUAGCUGCCGGGAUUGGCAGAUAAAACAGCUAUGCAGUCUCCUUUGUUGGUGCUGCUCAGCAGUCGCUAAGUGGCCUAAUGGAGGAGAAUAUUGAGACGGAAGGCUGCAAGUGUCUCAAUAUAUCUGCCUCACAUCCAUGAUCCAGGAUCGUUUUCCUGACAAGUCCCAUUUCCUGCUUCCUUCACCUGUUGCAAUGUGGAGACAACACAGAAAUGUAGAACGUGCAUUGUGGCCAUUGGCGGGGCCUGCCUUGCCUUUCUGUGGGGCUGGUUAAGCCAACUCCCAAUAUUCGUUGAUAUAAACGAGGUCCAGAGGCCAGGCCAAUUAGCUCCGUCUUCUCCUUGGCCUUAGGCAGCAACUUAUCUUGGGCCACCCUCCAUAGGAAACCCUCUUUGUGCAACAAGUGUUGGAAGCAUGACUCCUACCCUGUGUAUUCCUCAUUGGUUAUGUGUCCUGUGUUUAGGUCUCUGCCCUGUGUGAUUAAUGUUUAUUUUACAUAAACGUAUAUUUUAUGGAGCUGCAUUUUUUUAUAGUAUUUGAGUUUGUUUUGACUUUGCUGUAAACUGCCUUGAGCUAUGGGGAGAUGCGGAUAAGAAAAAAUAUUAUUAUUGUUAUUAUUAUUAUUAUUAUUAUUAUUAUUAUUAUUAUUAUUAUUAUAUUAUUAUUAUUAUUAUUAUUAUUUGCUUGCUUGUAAAAGAUAUGCACAUUUAAACUGCAUGUAUUGGUGGGGGCCUGCUGGAGAAAAUUCCUGAGUUAAGGGUUUGUCUCAGCCUGGCAGAUUUAUGAUGCAGCUGUAAUAGGGAAUAUCACGGCUAAAACAGCAUCAAGAGAUUUGGGGUGAGGGUUGUUACACAUGUUUUGGCUUAAGACCCAUUGGAAGAAAAGUCCAUGCAAUGGAGCUAAUGUUAUGUAUUGGUCAAUGGGAUGGAAACUUGGGGAAUAGUUGGUUUACUUUGCCUGUAAAUGUUUUGUGCACUGGCCUGUUUCUCAUCCCUUGCAAUGUCCACUGUAAGGUUUGCAACUUUGCUGUCUUAAAUAAAGUUUAUAUGCUUUGAGAA